CUCGAAUCUCGAUACGGCAUUUAAUAGAUAGACUGGGAAGAUUAGUGGUUCGAGAAGAGAGCAUUUGAGGAAUUAUCGGCAGAGACUGUAGAAGAAAUUAGGGUUAGGUUUUUUUUAUAUUUCUCGAUCCUAACAGAAAAGUCUAAGGUAGAAAACUCUUCUAGGGUUUCACAGAUCAAGCAGCGGAGAUGCCGAAGAACAAAGGAAAGGGAGGUAAGAACAGAAAGAGAGGAAAGAACGAAGCAGACGAUGAGAAAAGAGAACUUGUAUUCAAAGAAGAUGGACAAGAAUAUGCACAAGUUCUCCGGAUGCUUGGUAAUGGAAGAUGCGAAGCUAUGUGUAUCGAUGGUACCAAAAGACUUAGUCAUAUCAGAGGAAAGAUGCAUAAGAAAGUCUGGAUCGCUGCUGGUGAUAUAAUUUUGGUUGGAUUAAGAGAUUAUCAAGAUGAUAAAGCUGAUGUUAUCUUGAAAUACAUGCCUGAUGAAGCUAGGCUUUUGAAAGCUUAUGGUGAAUUACCUGAGAAUACCAGACUUAAUGAAGGAAUUACUGGUGGACUUGAUGAUGAAGAUGAAGGUGCUGGUUCUGAUUACAUCGAAUUCGAAGAUGAGGAUAUCGAUAAAAUCUAGGGUUUGUUUUUCCUUUGAAACAACUCAUUUUUAUUUUCUUUUUUCUUUAAAUUUCAAGUUAUUUGAUACAUGGGUUUUUAAGUUGUUUAAGUGUGUUUGUAUGCCUACUGAUAUUGUGAAUCACUAAAUUCUAUAUAAUUAUAUGUGGUGUGAUCAUGAGGUUUCUUACUA